AUGGACAAGAGUGCUGAAAACGUGUUUUAUGAGAAUGAAGAUGGUGAUUCAAGUCCAUCAUUGAUUGUACCAAAUCUUUCUGGUAAAAUGGAAAACUCAAAUAUGAAUCCGAACCUGGAAGUGACUCAGCUUCCAGAAGCGGAUUCAUUGCCAGAUGGGUUUGUGGACAGCUUCUCGGCAAAACCAUUGCUGCCGGGAACUGCGGUUCCUGAGCAGGAAGUGACUUAUAAAGAGGAGAAAUUAGUGGAACCCGGUUUGCUAGCCGAAGUAAUAAAUGACGGCAUGAGUACAUCUCCGGCUAAAUCACAGGAAGCUGUGGGCAAUGAAAAUGAACAAGCAGUAACCCCGGAAGGAUCAACGAAUGAUGGGGCAUCUCCCGGAAAAGGACACGUUGAAGAGAAAUCAACUGUUGUCAAAGGCAUAGAUUCGCAAACAGCUGAUCCGAAGGAGGCUCCUAUGACAGAGGCCUCUGAAGUGAAGCGUAAGACUGUAAAGCGUACCUCCAAAUCAGAGAAGGAGUUUUUGGAGUUCACUUUGAAGUACCAACAAGUUCUUGCUGAAAGAGAUUCUGCCAUUGCCGUUAGAGAUAAACUCGAGUCAUUGUGCAGGGAGCUACAACGCCAAAAUAAAAUGUUGAUGGACGAAUGCAAACGAGUAUCAACUGAGGGCCAAGAUCUGAGAUUAGAUCUAUCAAACAAGUUUCAGGAUGCAAUCAAGGAAGUAAGCAGUAAGCUGGAGCAGCAAAAAGAUGAUUGUCUAUCCCAGCUGAAAGAGAAUGACAUGUUAAAAACCAAGUUAAAACAAUUUGCCAAUCAGUAUACUCUUUCUGAACAGCAACAUGCACAGAAGUUGAAACAAAAAACACUUGAACUUCAGCUUGCUGAUUUGAAACUUCAGCAACAAGAAGAAAAGCUGAAGCAGGAACAAUCCCAAAUGAAACUGUAUGCAGAACAAUUGGCACAAUUAUUGGCUACUGAAAAGAAUUUGAGGUUGCAGUUGACAGCUGAUGGUGAAAAAUUCCAGCAAUUUCAGGAUGCUUUGUUGAAAAGCAAUGAAGUUUUCGAAACAUUUAAGCAAGAAAUCGAGAAGAUGGCAAAAUCGAUAAAAGAACUCAAAAAGGAAAACACCUUCUUGAAGAGCAAGUGUGACAAAACAGACGUUACUCUCAUAGAACUUGCUGAUGAGCGCGAACGCUUGAAGAAGCAACUGGAGAAAACACGAAAUCAGAAAGAAAAACUUGAAUCAUUAUGCCGGUCACUUCAAUCAGAGCGGAAGGCAAAUUCUGUUGGGGUGUAUUGUGAUGUUAAUGGAGGUGGAAGUGGCAUUGAAGAUGCUUGUGAUGUAGAGACUGGCUCAGUUAAUUGGAAUGAGAGAUCGAGAUGUAAGAUGGAAGAAGACUUUCCAUCUCCUGAUGUGAAGUCUAGUUGUGAAUCCAAUAGGAACAUUGAGUUUGAAGCCUAG